AUGACUCCUGUACAGUCUGCCUGCAUCCCCUUGUUCUUGAAAAACAAAGAUGUAGCAGCUGAAGCGGUGACUGGAAGUGGGAAAACGCUUGCUUUUGUCAUCCCCGUGAUAGAACUAUUGCUUAAGCGUGAAGAAAAACUCAAGAAGAUGCAAGUUGGUGCUCUUGUGAUUACCCCUACAAGAGAAUUGGCUCUACAGAUCAGUGAAGUGUUGGAGACAUUCCUCAAGAGGUUUUCUCAGUUUACGCAGAUUUUGCUCAUUGGUGGUACCAAUCCUAUAGAAGAUAUUGAGAAAUUUAAAGCACAAGGGGCAAACAUUGUGGUUGCAACUCCGGGGCGUCUGGAAGACAUGUUCAGAAGGAAAAGUGAAGGACUUGACUUGGCAAGCUACGUCAAAAGUCUUGAUGUGCUUGUCCUGGAUGAGGCUGAUCGGCUGCUCGACAUGGGAUUUGAGACUAGUCUGAACACUAUCCUCAGCUACUUACCCAAACAGCGGCGCACUGGCUUAUUUUCAGCCACUCAGACUCAGGAGCUGGAAAAGCUGGUGAGAGCAGGUCUCAGGAACCCUGUUCGCAUCACUGUUAAGGAGAAGGGUGUAGCAGACACGUGUACACAGAAAACUCCCUCAAGACUUGCCAACUUUUACACUGUCUGUAGGCCAGAAGAUAAAUUCAAUAAGCUGGUGGCUUUCCUCAGGCAACACAAACAUGAAAAAAAUCUAGUAUUCUUUAGCACUUGUGCUUGUGUGGAUUACUACAGUCGUGCAUUAGAGACCCUUAUAAAAAAGGUCGACGUACAAUGCAUUCAUGGGAAAAUGAAAAACAAACGUAAUAAAAUCUUUGCCAACUUUCGAAAGUUGAAAAGUGGGAUCCUGGUCUGUACAGACGUCAUGGCCCGGGGAAUUGACAUCCCAGAAGUGAACUGGGUAAUUCAGUAUGACCCGCCCAGCUGUGCCAGUGCUUUUGUACAUCGCUGUGGACGUACAGCACGGAUUGGUAACCAUGGCAACGCGUUAGUCUUUCUCCUACCGAUGGAGGAGUCCUAUAUCAAUUUCCUAUCGAUAAACCAAAAAUGUCCGUUGCAAAAGAUGUCUCCCAUAAGUGAUGUUGUUGACGUGCUUCCAAAAGUAAAAGCCAUGGCUUUAGCAGAUCGCGCAAUGUUUGAAAGGGGCAUGAGGGCCUUUGUCUCAUAUGUUCAGGCCUAUUCCAAACAUGAAUGCAGUCUGAUCUUCAGAAUAAAAGAUCUAGACUUUGGAUCUUCGGCUCGUGGUUUUGGACUUCUUUGUUUGCCCAAGAUGCCAGAGUUGCGAGGCAAAGUCUUUCCAGACUUUAUUCCAACAAAUGUUGACAUAGACACCAUCAAGUACAAAGAUAAGAACAGAGAAAAACAGAGACGGAAGAUGCUGGAAGAGCAAAAAAAUGAAAUAAGGACAGCCAGAAAAGGGUAUGUCAGACAACAAGCCUGGUCAAAACAGAAGGAUAAGAAGGUGCGCAAGAAAAUUAAAGCUGCCAAAAGGAAGCAUGAGGACUCUGAUGUUGAUCAAGAAGAAAUGAAUGAACUUUUAAAUGACACGCGUCUCUUGAAAAAACUGAAGAAGAAAAAAAUCUCUGAAGACGACUUUGAGAAACAGAUAACUGGUGGCUCGCGAUCAAAAACCUGUGGCAGCUCAGGGGAAGACGACUAA